AUGUCUGAUUCGCAAGAGUACGAAAGCAAAAUGGACAUAAACGCGUCCUCUACCUCGGCAUCUCCAAGAACACCCCCGAAUUGCGCGCGUUGUCGAAACCACCGCAAGAAAAUUGCCUUAAAGGGUCACAAACGAUACUGCAUGUAUCGCACUUGCAAAUGCGAAAAAUGCCUCUUGACCACAGAAAGACAGCGCGUCAUGGCCAUGCAGACAGCCCUCAGAAGGGCACAGGCCCAAGAUGAAGCUAUGCUUCGUACCGGUUCUAGUGACAUUGCGCUAGAGAAAAGCCCUUCACCUUCAAUUAACAACAUGGAAAGAAGCCUGGACUGCGAUUCUUCAGCAUCUUCACAAUGUUCUAACCCUCCGACAGGAGCCAUCAGGAAAAUUGUUCCCACCAUCGCUAUUCCGUCUACCACCACGGCAAACUUAGGCACUGUUGAUGUUAUACCGGGCAGAAGGGUGAAUGACAUACAGUCCGCGUUGCGAAGGGCGCAGAUACAGGACGAGGCGAUGAUCAGAAAGCGAACACACGAAAUAAUAGAUCUGAAGAAGUCACCGGUAAUAAAUGUUGAACGCAGUGUAGAUUGUGACUCGUCGGGUUCUUCGCCUUGUUCGAAUCCCGCUGGUCAUCCUGAGAAACUAAGAAAAUACCUUCCGCAUGUACCUUUGCCAUCGGCACCAUCCAGCGCUCUUUACGGCACAAUCGCACAUCAAAGUACGGAUUUGUUAGAAGAUUGUCAAAAAUUGUUGGAAAGGUUCAAGUAUCCUUGGGAGAUGAUGCCUUUGAUGUACGCGAUUUUAAAAGAUGCCCGAGCCGACCUGGAGGAGGCAUCCCGGCGGAUUGACGAAGGAAAACGAGUGGUGAACGAAUACUCGAGGAUGCACAAUUUAAAUAUGUACGACGGUGGAGAGCUUCGAAAUUCAACGCGUCAGUAUGGAUGAUUAAAAAAUUAAAUUUCACCCAAAAUUGUUGAUUUAGAUUGCUUUUAGUCUAUUGCUUUUUGCCUUUGCAUUAAAUUUAAUUUUAAGAAAAAUUUUGGGUGUUCAAUUCC